AUCUCUGACAAGCUGCCGGACGAAGUAGUCACAUGUCUUCAAAACGCACGCUUUCUCCAUUUAGCGACCUGCAACAACAACCGUCCUCACGUUAGCCUGAUGAACUACACCUACCUGCCAUCUCACCCCGGCUACUCACACCUCCCCUCCGGUCCGCUGAUCAUCAUGACCUCCAACCCGUCCUCGAAGAAGACUAUCAAUCUCCUUCAGAACCCAAACGUAAGCUUACUGGUGCACGAUUGGGUCUCAAGCCGGCCGCCGAAUGUGGGAACAAGCGGCUCAGACCGUGAACGAAGCCCGGUGGGAGGACGAUCAAGCAGCUUGGCGACAGUGCUUAUGCAGAUGAACUCGGCGGCCAUGAGCAGCAUCUCAGCUACCAUCAACGGUGAGGCUGCUGUGCUACCCGCGGGAACCGACGAAGAGCGGUGGUGCAAAGAGCAACAUCUUGCCAACAACACUUUCGAGAGCAAUGGUAUGACUGAGCAGAGACAGGAUGUCUUCAGUACAAGCCCAUCACAGUCAAGAAGUGGUAGCACAAUGGGCGACGGUGGGCGAGUCAGCUAUAUCGAAGACGAGGACGUUCGGGUGGUAGUGGUACGCAUCCGAGACGGGAGGAUCAGUGAUUGGAAGGGUGGAGUCAAGGACUUUUGCCUGGCUGACGCUGCGCCCAUGACA